GGACUUGCUUCUUUGCUUAGCCAUAACCUCACCCACUUCCUUCUCUGCUUUUCACCAUGGACUUGCUCUCCAUCUCUUCCACUCUAUCUUCCACCCCUCUCUCAUCAUACCCAUCUCUGGGUUCUCUCAAGCUCCCUAACCCUAACCCUAACCCUAACCCUCUCUCCAAAACCCUCACUUUAUCUCUCCGACCUUUCACACCACCACCAUCCUUGAAAUGCUCACUUGCUUCUCACCAAUUAUCCGCCAAUCCCAAAACCCUAAUCGAUGGUGGUCAGUUAGGGUUCGAGCUCAAAGAACCCCACCACUCUCUGCACUUGUCGUCUCCACAGACGCCUGCAACAGCUAUGAGAGGCGCCGAAUCCGAUGCUAUGGGACUGUUGCUGAAGGAGAGGAUUGUGUUCUUGGGCAACCAAAUCGAUGAUUUUGUAGCCGAUGCUAUCAUCAGUCAGUUGCUUUUGUUGGAUGCUCAAGACCCAAGUAAAGAUAUCAGGCUUUUCAUCAAUUCACCUGGUGGGUCUUUGAGUGCUACAAUGGCCAUCUAUGAUGUCCUACAGCUUGUGAGGGCUGAUGUUUCCACAGUUGCACUGGGCAUUUCUGCAUCAACAGCUUCCAUAAUCCUUGGUGGUGGCACCAAAGGCAAACGCCUUGCAAUGCCCAACACACGGAUAAUGAUACAUCAACCUCUUGGAGGUGCAAGUGGACAAGCGAUAGAUGUGGAAAUCCAAGCCCGGGAAAUCAUGCAUAACAAGGACAAUGUCACAAGAAUUAUAUCCACUGUCACCGGUCGCCCAUUCGAACAAGUUCUAAAAGACAUUGAUAGGGAUCGCUACAUGUCUCCUAUCGAAGCAGUUGAAUAUGGAAUAAUUGAUGGUGUUAUUGAUAGAGAUAGUAUUAUUCCACUUAUGCCUGUGCCGGAGAGGGUGAAAGCUACACUCAAUUAUGAGGAAAUGAGCAAAGACCCGAAGAAAUUCUUGACACCAGAUAUCCCUGAUGAUGAGAUAUAUUAGUUGGAGGCUAUUAAUACAGGUUCGAGUCAAGGCUUGGCAGUAGCAGAUUGUUCAGCUUUUUCAUUUGGUGUCCCAGCCACUGGGAGUUCUGUUGCAAAAGGGCUGGACCAAUGCAAAAAGAUUGGCAGAAUCAUGGUUGAGAUGUGUUAUGAUUCUCUUAUUUCCAUUUGUGAAAUUGAUUUUUUUAAAGAUUUUUUAUUUUCUCCAACCUCCUCAUGUGAUCCUACUGUGAAGGAAGAUGGCAAUGUUGAUUUAAUGGCAAGAUUUCACAACCACUUCUCUAACUAUUGUUGCAUGCUUGAGUUAGGUUAGCCUGUGUUCAAGAGACUAGGAUUUUUUCUUUUAAUGGUUUGUUUAUUUCUUUGCUGCAUAUGACGGCAAGUGUUUCAUUUUUCUAUGUGAGGCAUUAGGAAUUUGACUCU